GACAAUUUUCGAGUUUGUUUUCUUUUGGGCGCAACGUGUUUCUUAAUUUCACACUCAAAGUUUUUGUGAUUUUCUAUUGGGCAGUUAAAUAAUAAAUUUCUGUUUGUGAAGCACUGAAACCAAGAUGGGAAAGCUUAAUGUUACAAUACUUCGUUAUUUAACAAAGGAGGAUUUUCGAGUGCUCACUGCGAUCGAAAUGGGCAUGAAGAACCACGAGCUUGUACCCGGCCAGUUGGCUGCUUCUAUUGCCAAUCUAAAGUCCGGCGGAGUGCAUAAACUGCUGCGCGAGCUAUGCAAACACAAACUGGUUUCCUAUGAGCGUGGAAAGAAAUUUGAUGGAUAUCGCCUUACAAAUACAGGAUACGACUAUUUGGCUUUGAAAUCGCUGACAUUGCGCGGCUCUGUAGCUUCGUUCGGCAACCAAAUUGGUGUAGGCAAAGAAUCCAAUAUAUAUGUCGUUGCGGACGAGGAUGAUCAACCAAUAUGUUUGAAGUUGCACAGACUGGGGCGCACCUGUUUUCGUAACAUAAAGGCAAAGCGAGAUUACCAUGGGCGACGGCACAAGGCUUCGUGGCUGUAUUUAUCGCGCAUAUCGGCCACUCGCGAAUUUGCCUACAUGAGCGCAUUAUAUGAUCGUGGCUUUCCAGUACCCAAACCCAUCGACUUUAAUCGUCAUUGCGUCUUAAUGGAGCUAGUCAAUGGCUGGCCAAUGACACAAGUACAAGAGUUGACUGACGUUGAACAGGUAUAUGAUGACCUAAUGAACUUGAUUGUGCGUCUGGGCAACGCUGGAGUUAUUCAUGGCGACUUCAAUGAGUUCAAUUUAAUGGUCACUGAUGAUGGAAAACCCAUUCUAAUUGAUUUUCCGCAAAUGAUGUCUACCUCACAUGAAAACGCUGAAUUUUUCUUCGAGCGUGAUGUAAAUUGCGUACGCGAAAUGUUCCGCAGAAAAUUUGGCUACGAAAGUGAAGAUUAUCCAAAAUUCACAGACUUGAAACGUGAAGACGACUUGGACGCUGAAGUGCAUUGCACUGGAUACGGGUUCACCAAAGAAAUGGAGAGAGACCUUUUGCAGGAAUAUGGCAUGAUUGAAGACGAUGAGGAUGAGGAAUUUAAUGAUUGCGAGGGCGCAGAUAUUGACGAAACGCCCAGUGGGAAAUGCGCGGACGAAGACCUCAAAGCAUAUCGGCGACAGCUUGAAAAUGAGGUUAGUUUCAGCGAAAUGAAAACUACGAAGACCGCUGACGAUUCCAUUCGUCGUUACAUUGAAUCGUGUUCACAAUAUUUGGCAAACAUAAACCUAAAUCAAGAAGCUGAACUGCCAGGUGAACUGCCGCAAACACAUAUCGCCAACAGUUUGGAAGCCACAGGUGUGCAGCCAAAUAACAUUUCAACCGAAGCAGUGAUAGAUAACGAAUCUGAAGUCGUCAGCGACGAUAAUCACGACAUCGAUGCUGUAUCGUUGAGUUCUAACGAUUUGGAAACUGAUAAUGUUCCGGAGCUGAAUAACAUGGAUCCCAACUCACGCAUGUAUCGCUUAAAAAUGGUUGAGAAGCUCUUGAACGACACACGCAGUCAACGUUCAUACUCAACUAAUGCAAGCACAAUAGCGCCGUCCGUAGUGACAGAUCGCAUUCGAAAGAAUUUUGGCGCCAAAGAAAGGCGAGAAAUGCGCAAACAUUGUGUGGCCAAAGGCGAAGCCAGCGCAGUGCACAGACAUCGCAAAGAGAAUAAGGACGUGGUUAAGGAAUACGCUGGAUGGGAUUUUUAAGCUGUUAGUGCGAGAAAGAAAUACGUA